GCUCGAAAUUGAAGUGAUUGUAGGUCGUAGUGUGCAGUCAUCGUAAUCGCGACGCGAUCAAUCGCCCCCUAUCAAACUUUAGUAAAUAGAAUAAAAGCUACCAACAGCUGCUGCCAGUGGGAUUGGGAAGAUGCUGACUUUUUUCGGUGCUCGACACGAGUAUAGUGCGAAAUACGCCUCCGAACGACUUUGCUGAAAAAGAGGAGUAUCACAUACCCUUGCCCGACGUGAUAAUAAUCGCACCUAUCAGAUACUAAGAAUAACUCAGUUUGUGCGUUUCUGGGAAGGCUCCAAUGUGUGUUGCGUGCCGGUGAAGUAACAAGAAAAUAAAGGAGAAGAAAACAUAUUGCGGAAAACUAAGGAAGCGGCUCGAAAUUCGUGAAAAAAGUGAUAAACAAUUCAAAAAUAUAAAAAUUUAAUGAAACCACUCAGUUAAUUAAUCGAGUCGAAAAAAACAAUUUCUGUUGCAGUGGAUCCCAACAUGGACUACACAAGCGGAACACUAGCCCUUAUCGUUCUAGUGCUUUGUCUUAUUUUCAAAUGGCAAUACAGUUAUUGGACUCGAAGGAGAGUACAAGGACCACCCCCACUGCCUAUAUUUGGAAAUUAUUUUGAAUGUUUCUUUAUGCAGAAACAUUUUGUUGAUGUUAUUGAUGAAGUUUAUGGAUAUUUUCCAAAAGCCAAAUAUGUUGCUUUCUAUAAGUAUCAUAUGCCAUGUGUAGUUUUAAAAGACAUCGAACUGAUCAAUCGAGUCCUCUGUGGGGACUUAUCCCGAAACUAUGAAACUGACUUUACUGUUAAUGAAAAUAUUUAUCUAAUAUGGAAGGAAAAUGUGGUGAAUACGAAGGUUUGGAAGCAGAAAUCUAUUCAGCCAGAAAUACGAAAGUUAUUAUCACGGGAAAAAUUUGCUGACAACUAUUCAAAAAUUCAUACAGUAUCCAAUGAACUUCUGGAUUAUAUCAAUGACGCACCGAAACUACCAAAUUUUGAAGGUUUCGAGGCAAAAGAAUUAACAACAAAAUUCACUUUGGAAUCUCUAAUUUUGGCUGCCAUUCACAUCAAAGCAAAUUGCUUCCUAGACGAAAAUUCAAUUUAUUUGAAUUUCUACAGAAAAUACUUUACAAACCAUUCAUCAAGUCUGUGGAUGUGUUUUAUGAAAGAAGCAAUUUCUCAAAAAAAUAUCGGUCAUAUAGUGGGCACCGCUGUUAAAAACGAAAUCCGAAGCAGGCGAGGUGCUUUUCAUACCGAGAAAUGUUUCUUUGACACGCUGAUUCUGCCAGGAUACGAAGUUAAUAAUGCAAUUGUAAUUAACUACUUGUUGGGGCUCAUGGAGGCAUUCGAGGCAGCCAACUCACUGAUGGCGUUCUGUUUAUAUCAGCUUGCCAUGCAUGAUGAUAUUCAAAGGAAAGUAAGAGCCGAAAUAUUUGAAAACUUGUAUUUGAACAACGGUGAACUAACCGAGAAAGUAGUUGAAAAAUUGUACUAUCUUGAUGCCGUCCUAUUUGAAACUCUUCGACUCCAUUCGCAUUUAUUUGUUUUGAAUCUGAAAUGCAGUAGGAAACAUGAAAUUCCACCUCAAUUCGAUGACUUAACAGAGAACGUGCAAUUGGAUGAAGAUGUCCGAGUAGUGAUUCCAAUUCACUCGAUUCAUCUGGAUCAGUACCAUUAUGAAGAUCCAGAUCAUUUCAAUCCAGAAAGGUAUUUGAAUUUUGGUGAUAAAAAGGAUAUCAAAUAUCCUUUCUUAGGGUUUGGUAAAGAGUCUCAAUAUUGUUUAGGUAUGAUAUAUACGUUCCUGCAAACGAAGGUAGGAAUUGCGAAAAUAAUCUCAAGAAAGGAAGUACGAGUUUCAACGAAAACUAGUUUACAAUUGAAUUUUUCAAUGAAAACGUUAAAAUUGUUUUAUGAAGAGGGCAUUUGGCUAAAUUUCCAUCCACUUUAUAAAUGACAUUAAUAAAAA